UCAAACCCAAACAAAAUCUACACUUCUUUCUCUGUCAUAUAUCUCUUUUUUCUAGUGUUACUUUCCUUUUUUUUAUCUUUUGGGAGUUUUAGUGGGGAGGUGGGGGAAACUGGUUUAAUUUGCAUGCUGCUGUUGUGUGCUGGCUGAGGUCAACUUAGGUAGAUGUUGGGUUUCUUUCAUUUUCAUUGUUUUUCAGAAAGGUGGAAUGAGAUUUUGGAAAUAGUUUGUUUUUGCUUGAGUUUGGAGGGUGGAAAUCUUGAUAUGAAAGCAGACACUGCUGUUUUGCUCUGCAGGUUGACUUUUUCUGAAUGUUUUUGCAGCUUGGCUCUGCAAGCUUGGAAAGUUUGUGGCUCAGUCUCCAUUUUCUUGGUGAUCAAACAUCUGAUAAUCUUAUAUUGGACCAUGCGUCGUUUCCUGCACUGCUUUUGCUUGAUGAGUUCCAAAGUUGAUAGACAUAGACUUGGGUAUGAGGACCCUACUAUUCUUGCUUCAGAAACUGCUUUUACAGUAAAUGAAGUGGAGGCCUUGUAUGAUCUGUUUAAGAAACUAAGCAGUUCCAUAAUUAAAGACGGUCUUCUUCUACACAAGGAAGAAUUCCAACUUGCACUAUUUCAGAGCAGCAGUAAACAGAAUCUUUUUGCGGAUAGGGUAUUUGACUUGUUUGACAUCAAGCGUAAUGGGGUUAUUGAAUUUGGAGAGUUUGUUCGGUCAUUAAGUAUUUUUCACCCAAAUGCUUCCGAAGCAGAAAAAAUAUCAUUUGCAUUCAGAUUGUAUGAUCUACGACAGACUGGCUACAUUGAGCGUGAUGAGGUGAAGGAGAUGGUGUCAGCCCUAUUGAGUGAAUCAGAUCUGGAACUUUCCGAUGAUGUUAUUGAAUCAAUUGUAGAUAAGACAAUGGUGGAGGCAGAUUUAAAAGGGGACGGGAAAAUCGAUCAAGAAGAGUGGAAAGAAUUUGUAGCAAAGCAUCCAUCUCUAAUAAAGAAUAUGACUCUUCCAUAUCUAAAGGACAUAACCAUACAAUUUCCCAGCUUUGUGCUCAACACUGAAGUUCGAGAUUAGAUAUAAUAGUAUUACAAAGAUAGACAGUGCCGACGUUUUUCGCCUCAGAUGACGGACACAUCAAGUAAGCAGCCUGUGUAAAGCAUGGCACAUAGAAGAGGAAAGGAACCAAACAAAAUAUUGAGGCUGCACCCCUUAGCAUAGCCCCAAUUGAGAUCAAGCAUCGCGUGGUAUGUUUUCUACAAAGUUUUCGGUAAUAAAGGCCUCACUCAGCAAACACUCUAGUGGUUCAAUGUAUUAUGUAAUUUAACUGUUUAAUUUGUACACAAAGUGUAAAUUUUAGUUUAUAAUGUUUAUAAUAUUCCCCCCUUUCCCCCUUUAUUUGGCAGGAUCA